CGGUUCGUGCUUUGUUCGUGAUACAUGGACAACUCUCAGAAAAGAAGUGAACUGACAGGACAGUACAGGAGAACACACAAGGCAGGUGAGAGUUCCUUCGAUUGAUAGGAAAAAAAGCAAAGAAAGGUGUCUGAGAUAGAAAUGUCAAUGCCGCGAGUAGAGGAGGACGAUGGGGAACAGCGUCGUCGUCGGAAGCUUGAAGAAGCCCUUGAAGUCAAAUCCCUCAGGCGCAUCAUCAGCGCCUACCUCAACUAUCCAGAUGCUGCAGAAGAAGAUGUCAAAAGAUAUGAAAGAUCUUACAAAAGGCUACCACCUGCCCAUAAGGCUUUACUGUUGCAUUACCCUUUAAAGUUUCAAAGAAUAAGACGGUGUAUUUCUACUAAUUCAUUUUUCAUAUUCAGCAUGCUUCAGGCAUUUGAACCUCCGCUUGAUAUGAGUCAAGAUGUAGAUAUUUGUGAAGACGGGCAUCUUGAAAAUGCUCUGAAUGACCAUUUCUUCUCGGGAGAAAGGAAUGUUAGCUCCUAUCAAUCCACAUCAACAAGUGGAAGCUUGUGUUUCACCAAAUCUGACCAAGCCUGUUUUGGGGAAGAAAGCAAUGCCAUGUGCGAGUCAGUGAAAGGGACAGUUACCAUUGAGGAGAUGAAAAUUGACGGUAAUUGCGACUCGGUUACUGGAAGGCAUCCUCCAGGCUUCAAACAUGAUGAACAGAUAGAUGCAUGUGGUGGAAAUGAGAUCACUAAUUCCAAUGGAAAUGUGUCUUCGUUGUCUCAUGAGUGGUUGGAUCCAUCAUUUCAGUUGAAUGUUCCUUUAGUUGAUGUUGAUAAGGUUCGUUGUAUAGUAAGGAAUCUAGUUAGAGACUGGGCAGCAGAGGGACAGAAGGAACGUGAUCAGUGCUACAAGCCUAUUCUUGAAGAGCUUGAUGUCCUAUUCUGUAAUCGCGAGAAGGACAAUCCUCCUACCUGUUUGGUUCCUGGAGCUGGACUUGGCCGGCUGGCUUUGGAGAUUUCAUGUCUAGGUUUUAUAUGCCAGGGAAAUGAGUUCUCAUACUACAUGAUGAUAUGCUCGAGUUUUAUUCUUAAUCAUUCACAGAGCACUGGAGAGUGGACAAUAUACCCUUGGGUCCACAGCAAUUGCAAUUCACUUUCAGAUAGUGACCAACUUCGUCCUGUUUUAAUACCAGACAUCCAUCCAGCUAGUGCAGGAAUUACAGAAGGCUUUUCCAUGUGUGGCGGUGACUUUGUUGAGGUUUACAGUGAUCCAAGUCAAGUAGGAGUCUGGGAUGUGGUUGUAACCUGUUUCUUUAUUGAUACGGCUCACAACAUUAUUGAAUACAUUGAAAUCAUAUCAAGAAUAUUGAAAGAUGGUGGAGUUUGGAUAAAUAUGGGUCCUCUACUAUAUCACUUUGCAGACAUGUACGGGCAAGAAGAUGAAAUGUCCAUUGAACUAAGUUUGGAAGAUGUGAAGAGGAUAGCAUUGCAUUAUGGAUUUCACUUUGAGAAUGAAAAGACCAUUGAGACAACCUACACUACAAAUCCCAGAUCAAUGAUGCAAAACCGUUACUAUGCUGCUUUUUGGACGAUGAGAAAGAAAACGAUAACAAAGGAGCAACACACGUCAUAGACAUGUCUUCGAAUUAUCAAGUGGAUCGUUUCUACAAGUUCAUGCGAUAUUUAUUGUCAUGUUUUGCAGUACAUGUGAAAGUGGGAAUGAUGCUGAAUUUUAUGCCAUAUCAUAAGCUGUCAUAAGCCUUUUUCUUAAUGCUGAAUAAAACUUUUACUUA